AUGGCAGAAGAAGGCAAAAAACGUCCCGCUGGCGCCGGAGCAGAGGAGCCGCUUCAGCCGCCUCGGAAGGCUCCUAGAGGUGAAAACGAGGCCAAAGCAAGCUUGGAUCAGGUUGAGUGGCUGCAAAAGACAGCUGAGGAGAUCCGGCAGUUUGGAGUGGAUAAGGUCAGUUCUUGGGUCCGGGCGGCCUUGGAAGAGGAGGGCGACAGCGAAGACGCGCCGGAGAUCGCUGACACUCUUCAAGUGCAGAAAGUCAGAGGCAGAGCAUUACUAGACCUGACCUACCAGCAGCUAGUGGACAAGCCCUACAACAUUGCUGCGGGCCCUGCCGGAAACCUGGCCAAGCGUAUCGCUGCUGUGUCUGCCCCGGCGACGGCCGCAAGCGGAUUCCAGGACGACCCAGAUGCCACGGAGUUCAUCCAGGAGCUGGCCGAGGCUGAGCCGCAGGACUUGGGUGCAGGUGUGCAGGUCUUCAACCUCACGAAGUCCCUGCCCGUAGAGCCCUACGACCAGAGUGGGCCGAAAUUAUUGACGCGCAACACGACGCGCCAGGCCUGGAAGGCGACCUUCGAGCUCAUGAAGGGUGGCACAAAGCGCGUGGCCAUGUUGGGCGUCCCGGGCAUCGGGAAGAGCCGCAAUUUGGCGCUGGGCCUCUGGCACCUGGUGCAGCAUCCCCACAAGCUGCCAGACGGGAUUCCGCCGCCCGAGGCCAUCGUGUAUGAAGCUCGGGAGGGUGGGGCGGUCUUCCUUUUCACCAAGGGCCAGGAUCGCAAGUGGAAGGCGCAGCGCCUUGCGAUGAGUGAAUGGGCGGCUGACGCCUGCCUGUACCUGAAGGACUCCAGCAACUGGUACCUGGUGGAUGCUUCCGAGAGAACCACCACCUUGAAGUUGCCUGCCAAGACCGUGCUCGCCUGCAGCCCGGAUCGGCACCACUAUUCGAAUUUCGUCAAAGACGGGGGCCAGUGCGUCUUCGUAGAAGCUUUCUCGUGGGCCGAGGUGAAAGCGUGCCAUUCACAGCUCGAGACUCAAGUUGACGAGGAGGAAAUGUGCCGAAGGUUCAAGCAAGUCGGAGGUGCUCUGCGCACCCUUCUGGCUGACAAGGGGAUCUACGACGACGCCGUCGAGCUGCAGAGGUCCGAGGCAGAGGACUUCACGACCGUGAGACGUGCCUUUGAGGGUGAUUUGAAUACCUUUGAAGGGAAGCAGAUGCCGACCAGGCUCUUCACGUACCGCAGCGUCGAUGGAAUCUCACGCAAAGUCACCGUCUGCUCUCCCGGUGCUGCCGCACUGCUUGUCGAGAAGCACCAUGACAAGCUCGUGCCGCUUUGGAGCGAUGCACGCAACCCAACAUCGAGGUAUUGGCUCGAGGAAUUUGUAGGCCCGCUGUUGACAACCUUUUGGCCGGGCAAAAAAGGCCUGACAGCCUUUCAAGUCACCAACACUGCACCUGCAGCUGCGAGAAAGGCUCAAUGGCAGCGCGAACAGGUCAAAGACUUCGAGGUAAAGAAGGGUUUGCAGCUCCUUGAGUGUGACACGGAGAAAAUCUUCGAUGGCAGAUGGCGGAAGGCGGUGAAGAAAGGCAGUCUGGAGGGACUUCUGCACAGCCCAGAAUGUUACCCGGGCAUCGACUACCUGCUUGACUUCAACCACGGCAUCUCCGUGACCUCCUCCGCCUCGCAUAGCAUUGCACCGGAAUUUCGUACAAAGUUGGAGCAGAUGUUCGAAAGCCACAGUAGCACUGAAGAAAACCGCAGUUUCACUCUCACGUUUCUCAUUACAGGAGAGCCUCAAGAAUUCGCACCGAAGGGAGAUGAUUUCAACGCACUAAUGGGAAUGGCGGGGGAAGGAAAGUCGUUUGACAAUGUUUGUGUACAGGUCGUGCGGAUUCCGAAGACGCUCCAUAGCCUGAGUUGA